AUGGUACGCGAGGAGCGUUUCAUUACUGAGCAAGAGGCACAAGAGUGGGAUUACAAGGACUGCCUACACAGAGGUUGGCAGUUGGCGAGCCCUUCCCAGGUUCGGUUGUGGCCGCCAGUUGUGGCCUGCACUUACACUGUGGAGCCGUCUGAGCACAGGUCUGAGCCCAGCUUCUUCUUCAGCCUCAGCAAAUACCAGCAGAAGGUCAUCCAGCACAUUGAGGCACAUCCAGAAUUCAUUCAGCCGGCUCAGUAUCGGGGCGAGCUCUUGGAACGGUUGAAGUCCAUUGAGGUACUUGGAGUCAUCACAAAUUCUUGGGGCAUUUUGGGACAAGUUUUGGGACAAGUUUUGGGACAAGUUGCCAUAGUACUGAAGGCAGAACUCAUGGUGCCAAACCAACUGGAGCAAGUACAGCAACGCAAACCUAGAUCCAGUCAGUCAGUGAAAGACUGGAAAGCCCCUACACCUAUGGCGCUGGACAACCUGAAGUAUGGAAACUUCAGACCUACGACGGUGGUGCCUGAGGCGAGGAGUCUGCCGGGCUAUGGAGGACAAGUAGAGGAGUGGGCCAACUAUAAGUUCCAGGUGCAGGCCAUCGAGAUGAAGGAGUCACAGAUGAGUGAAGCUGAGAGGAAGAAGCUUGGAGGACUGGCUUUGAGGCUGACAGAGAGGCUCCAAGGGCCGGCUUUGCAGAUCGCAAAGACCUUGGGGAUCGAGGAGUUGGCUAAGCCUGAUGGAGUCACCAAGCUGAUGAAUGCCCUGGAGACAGACCUACUACCACUACGCCGACAAGCCGCAGUGGAGCUCUAUCAAGCCGGAUCUAUGCCUGGCUUGCUGAGCCGACAGAACGCCGAGCCGAUGGCAUCAUAUGUGCUGAGAAGGGAAGCUUGGUGGAACCAGUUGACCGAGCUUGACAAGGAGGUCAAGUGCAGCCAAGCGAUCUUAGGAGAGCAGAUGCUGACACAGAGUGGACUCACGUCCAUGGAGCAGCAACUGGUGAGAUCGGUGAUGAGCAAUGAUCUCAGCGACCUCAAGAAGUUGGCGGCAACGCUGAGAGAUCAAUUCGGAGCGGUACAUGACAGGGAGAAGAGGAAAGGCAAAGGAGAUCACAAAGGCCGAUGGGGCUGGGGACAACGAAGUUCCUACAUGGCGGAGUCCUACAUGGCUGAGGAUGAGAACCCUGUUGUGACCGACGAGACCCCUGAGAAUGCCGAGUAUGAUGAGGAGAUCUACGACGAGAACUAUGAUGAGAUGCCAGAAGGACCUGAGGGGACACAGCUGGAAGAGGACAUCGUGGCAUGGUACGCAGACCAAGGUAUUCAUGCACAGACGUGCUCAGCUGAGGACUUGGAGCUGAUCUACGACAGUGUGGAGCACGAGACAGCUGCGUUCUACUCGAGGCAACAGGCAGCUCAUCGAGGCUACUCAGUUCCUGCGAGUAACAGCCUGUACCAGUCCAACAACAACCAGACACCACAGGAGAGGCAGGCCAAGGUUUUGGCUGCGAAGCAGAGGACGAGGUGCAGAGCUUGUGGACAGCAGGGACACUGGCAACGAGACUGGAUCUGCCCGAAGAGAAAAGGAGGAUUCAAAGGCAAAGGCAAGAACAAGGACAAGGGCAAGGUUCAGAGCAAGGGGAAGCAUGAUGGCAAAUCAUCGCCGAGCUCAACGAGAUCGACAUCGGGAUCACCAAGCAAGCCCAGGGUUGUCUACUUCUCAGUGAGAGACAGCCACCAGGAAGAACCCUUUGCGGGGAUGGUUCAUCGCUAUGAGCCUUCCGGUCCAGGGAACCCAGGAUUGGAUGAUGUAGAUCAGAGAAGACUUGAGGACGAGGUGCGAAGGCUGAUGACCUUGCCAUCAGAGAGGUUGGAGCAGGAGUUCCAACAGGAGCUACACUACAUGCCACCACAGAGCAAGGCAGCAGCACGACCACCUUCAGGAAGUCUGGUUCCUGAUCUGAUGAUGCAGAUGCAUCACCCCAAGUCGCCUGGCUUCUACGUGCAUCAGGCGAGAGGAUCGACUGAGGAGACUAUGGGAUUCUCAGCUGGCGAAGUGCCAAUUCCAGAGACGCCUAGAGGAGACAGCGGUUGCCCACAUGAGAACACGACAAGAAGAGGAUCGAAUGCCUACAUAGACAUGCUGACCUGCAAGGACUGUGGACUGGUGAUGCACAAGGAGAAGAAGUCACCAGUGACCAAGGACAUCAGCAUGAGGCAGAUUGAUCCGCAGGUGUGUCAACACCAUGAUGUGUCUUGGAAAGGAUCCAACGGGUACCAAUGGGUUUGGACAUGCCCGGACUGUGGAUGCAGCGACAAGGUCAAGAGGAAUCCAGGAGAUGAGAGGCCGAUUCCUGCAGCAGGAGUUCCAUCAUCCACCAUGAGAUCUACCACCAGGACACUACCGAAGGCAACUACACCUAUGUCGUCUCCACCAACGACGCCACUGAGGACCUCUAUGUCGACAGUGCAGGAUGCAGUGUUGUUCACAUCUGAGGAUGAGUGGACGACAUGCCGAGAGCUUUUGGAUCGCAUGGUUCGACUUCACAUCAAUGCCCACAACUCCAUCACCAAGCAGGAGUUCAUGCAGAUUGUCAACGCUGUUUCGCUUUGUUGUGCAGCACAACUUCAUCGAGCUGUACCACUUCUACCUUCAGGACAAGGUUACGUGGGAACACCUGGAGGAGCAUCCAUUUCAACGGCCAGAAGUGAGAACAGAGAUGAAGGUGAUCGACUGUUUGACUUCGGCAAGUACAAGGGACGAAGCUUCAGAUCGGUCUACGACAACGAACCUUCCUAUGUGAACUGGACGUUGGACGAGAUGCAGAAGGGCGAAGGCUACUGCAAGGGCAUGAGAAGAUGGCAGGAGUACAUCCAACUGAGGAGAGCAGAAGAAGAGUCGAAUCCACCGAGAACACCAACAGCCUACAUGGUCGUCGAUGUCGAGGAGAUUGAUGAGAAUGACGAUGUGGCAAUGUGGGUCAACACAGAGGACGAGGAAGCGACCUACAUGUUCCUUGACUCAGGUUGCAACCAGACCUGUCAUGGGGAGCUGUGGAUGAAGAGGUUCAGCAAUAUGACGAAACAUCAUCCACAAUGGCUACAUCGACAGACAACCGAGCUCAACGGCAUCGGAGGACGAUCGAGGACGCUGGGAGAAAGACUUCUCUACGUCAUGCUGGAGAACAACAAUGGAGAAGGAGUUCCAGGAGAGGUCACCAGCAUGGAAAUCGAGGGAUCGAAAGCACCAAUGCUUUUGAGCCUUCCUUCACAAGAGGCUCUUGGAUUGGUCGUUGACUUCGAAGAUUCGACCAUCUACAGCAAGUUGUUGAACAUGACCUUCAAGGCAGUUCGAGGCAAAAGGAAUCGCCUUUUGGGCCUCAAGAUCACCCCAGCCGAGUUCGCGGAGAUGAAUGUGGCACCGGUUGAAACCGUUGCACUGAUGGCUGAGUCGAGUGAGGGCUCUGACAAGAAGCCACCAUGGAGGACUUCGGAUGAGGGAGAUCAGAGAGGAGUGCCCAAGGCCAGAGCAGCACCCAGCGAGAUGCUGACCAGAAUUGCACCGGAUGGACAACGCUACACAUCUGAGGUGCGAGUUGUUCCAACUCGAGCGGCAUCAUCUUCAGCAAGACCCUCUGAGGAGAACACCGACAAGGAGGAUGAUGACGUUUGGGUUGAGGUCGAAGAAGAGGAGGCAUCACAACCCGCUGGGACGACACAGAAUGAGACAUGGGAUCGAGAUGAAACAGAUGACGCACCACUGGAGGAGCAGAUCUUGGAUGAGCCAGAGGAAGAAGGUCAGCCAGAAGGAGAACUAUCUCCGAAGGAGAAGGAUGUUUUCCGACCAGAAGAUGAGGAGACUGACUGGUGGGACAUCCAAGACAAUGAGAUCAUCCGACACCAUGUGCAGCCACGGACUAUGCCGUUCUACCCAACAGGAAGUCGAAUGGAUUUGCCCGUCGACUUGAUGAGGCUUGCUGGACGAAGAGUGACCUACAAGCUCUUCGAGGAUGGGAACACGGAGACCGUGAAUGACAACUGGAAGGAUCGACUUCCAGGACAGUACGUCAAGGAGCGAUCGGAGGCAACAACCUUUGAGAAGGCACCUCCUGGACUCCACGUUGUCCGGAGGAUCACCUACAACAUGGAGAAUGGAGAAGAGAUCGCCGACGAGACUGAAUAUGACCUCAUGCAGGAGGGACGAGAAGAAAGACUACUACCCAAUGGAGUCACCUACAUCAGGACGAGAUUCCACGUCUUCGAGGACUUUGAGGACGAGAGCCCAUGGAUUGGAACCACUACGUUCCGACUCAAGCCCUUGGAGACGGAGUUGGCCGACUAUGUCAUGGACCCCAAGGACACCAAGCGCACCAUGACCAAGGGCCAGCGGAAGCAGCUGGAACAGGAGGUUGAGAACUUGGAGGAGAAAGACAUGGCGCUUUGGUCUGUCCUGACCAGGAGAAAAGCUUUCUUGCCCAUGCGCUGGAAGAUUGUCUUCGAGUUGUUCUGCGGAUGUGCCUUGUUGACAAGGAUGUUUCAAGCAGCUGGCUAUGAAACCUGCACACCGCUGGACAUGAACAACGGGUGGAAUGUCUUCGACCCGAAGCAUCGAAGAUGGGCAGAGGACAUGCUGGAUCGUGAGAACCCGUACCUUCUCACUGUGGCAUGGCCUUGUGGACCCUGGUCACCAUGGCAGAGGAUGGCAAAAGAUCAGGAGAUCGUUCAGGAGAAGCGGAAGAAAUGGUUGCCGAUCCUAGGAUGGAUCAAGAAGAUGGUGAGGAAGCAACAGCAGAAAGGAGGAGUGACGAUGGUCGAGAACCCAUGGCCGUCAGAGGCUUGGAACACUCAGGAGAUCAUGUCACUAUCUUCGCAUCAAUAUGGACGAAGUGAGGAGGAGCAGUUCGAGGUCUUGAGGGUAGAUGCAUGCGCCUUUGGACUUCGGGACUAUGACUCCAAGCUGUUGCACAAGAAACCCACAGGCAUUGGGACAGACUCACCAGGCAUCAAGACCAUGAUGAGAGGAAUGACCUGCAGCGGAGAUCAUGAGCAUGAACCGCUGGAGGGCAACAAUUCGAGAGGAGCGAGAACGAGGCAAGCAGCAAAGUGGACUUCGAGGAUGUGUAGAAGGAUCAUCCGAGGAGUUCAGAUCGACUUGGAGAAUGCAGUCUCAACAGCAUUCGCAGGAGAGGCUAUGCAAGAGGCAAUGGAAGAGGAGCCACAUGCGCUGGAUGAGAUCUAUGGAGAAGAGGAUCUACCUUCAGCAAAGCCGACAGCCAAGGAGGCAGAGGUCGAUCUGGCAAGAGAGGAGGCGUUGGAAGAUCAAGAACGACUUGAGGAGCCAGAGGCCGAGAAGAUCAGAAGGAGGAAGGAGGAUGUGGACCAAGCUGAGCAGAAAGGAGAGGAUUGGCAUCAGAAGGUUGCAUGUCAUGACAAGUCAUGCAGCACGACCACAAAUGCAAAGGAUGCUGAGGUACUCCAAUGCACCAGCCAAUGUGGUGUCAGCAGUGAAGUACUUCAAGUGUUCAGCUUGCGAGAUGUUGGAUUGGACGUCUUUGAGGUCAAAGAUGCAGAGGGAAACCGAUACCAAGUUCUACAUGCUGUAUGUCAUGGCACAACAUUCCAAGCUGGAGAAGUGCUUGGCAUCGCAGCUGGAGUUCCAAGCAGCCGCCUAUGCUUGGACCUUUUCACUCGAUUUUGGAUGAGCUGGGCAGGAACACCGAAAUCCAUCACUGUGGACCGAGGCACUCACAACCGAGGAGUUUUCUUCUCAGAGCUUCAGAAGCUUGGAGUUGAGGUGAGGUCUGCAGCGACACAAGCCCCAUUCCAGAUCGGGAGGACAGAGAGACAUGGAGGUAUCCUGAAGCUCAUGAUCAACAAGGUCGUCAUGGCCACGCAGGCUACAGGACAAUCAGAGAUGCAGCUUGUGCUCAUGCAGUGCCUGGAGACCAAGAACCGUCAGGCAAACAUUGGAGGAUUCUCUCCGAGCCAAUGGGUACUUGGCCGGAAUCCACGAGCUGGAGGAUGGACAGAUGAGGACGAAGAGACAGUCGUGGUUCACGAUGAGGAUCCGCAAUCCACGUUCAACAGGAGGAACGUGAUGAGAGAGGCUGCAAGGAUUGCCUGGGCAGAAGAAGACAGCAGGAGGAGAGUUCAGAAGGCAUUGCUGAGGAAAGGUGGCGGAGAAGCUCAACAAUUCCGACAAGGAGAUCUGGUUGCUUUCAUGAGGAGAAAGCAAGGAGCCGUCAAGUGGUAUGGACCUGGACGAGUUCUGACACAGGAGGGCAAGAAUGUCUGGAUCAUGCAUGGAGGAGUUCCAAUUCUCACUUCAGAGACCAUGGUGAGGGCAGCAACUUCAGAGGAAUAUCUCACCAAGGAGCUCAUUGGCGUGACCAAGGGCAAGAAGAGAGGCAGAGGACUACUCUACGAGGAUCCAGCACAACACCAUCAGUUGGGAUCAACUGGACAGCCGUCCUAUUUGGAUCUCCGGAAGGUUGAGGACGAUGAGGAUGCAGCAGGAGCCGCACUACCCAGAGGAGGACUUGGCAACAUUGCACCUACAGAACGAGGAGGUGAUGAAGAUGAGUCACCGAAGAGGAUGAGAGCAUUGAUCAGAGAAGAGGAGAAGAAGCAAGAGGAUGAGGCAAGAUCAAUUGCAUCAAGGACAUCACCACAUGAAGUGCCUGUGCCAACAAGUCCGACCAACUGGGAGGCCAACAGUCCUGGCUACAGCCCAGGGACACCCGUGGAGGAGCAAGCAACUUCAUCGACGAGGACGGUGCAGACACCAUCUCUACCACAACCACCAACAGUUCUGACACCGCUGUCAAAAGCAAUGGCAAUUGCAGGAGGAAACCAACUUGAUGUUGGAGCCAAGAUGGCAAAAUCAAUGAGGACGCAGAGAGAGGAGACAAAGGAAGAGAGCGCAGCAGAGAGGACCAUGAACAGACCACGUUCAAGGAGUCCGCCAGAAGCUUUGAAGAAGGAGUUCACAAGCUUCAUGGCGAAGAGGUACAACAAGAAAGGAGGAGACCCCAAGAGCACUGGGGAGUUGCGCUAUGAGAGAGAGACCAAGGAGAUGCAACGACAGUUGGACAUCACCAGAGGCAAGGAAUGGACCAAUUGGGUCAAGUACAAAGCGACCAGAGUUCCAUCCAAGAAGGAGGUGGAGCAGAUGCUCAUGGCUGGCAUCAAGCCCGUGCCAAUGCGAUGGGUUGACGUGGACAAGCAUGCUCGACUACGAGUUGAAGGAGGACCAGAGGUGGAGCCGAAGUUGAAGAGCAGAUUGGUACUUCGAGGAGAUCUGGAAGAAGGAGACUUCAGAGUCGACUGCCCGACAGCCACGGCAACUGGAACACACCUGGUCAUCAGCUUCGCAGCAUGCACCAGGAGACGCUUGAGAGCAGGCGACAUCAGUGCCGCCUUUCUCCAAGGAAGUCCUAUCAACCGAGAGCUGCUGAUGAAGGUUCCCAACACAGGAAUUCCUGGUCCUGACGGACAAGGAUACGCAGUCGAACCUGGCAGCUACCUUGUGGCUUUGAUGUCAAUCUAUGGGAGCAAGGAUGCACCACGAGGAUUCUGGAUAGCUUUGAGAGAUGAGAUGCAAGUCCAAGGACUACGUGAGGUGGAGCCAGCACUCUAUGCACUGACAGGAGAUCAGGGAGAACUACAUGGACUGGCAGCAACACACGUGGACGACAUCAUCUGGACAGGAGAUGAGACCAUGGACAGUGUCAUGGACAAGAUCCAAGAACGUUUCACUUUUGGCAGCAUCGAGGAGGAGAACUUCCGAUUCUGUGGCAGGCGCAUCGAGUCAAAGGAUGACUACUAUGAGGUCACUUGCCCAGAGCUGCUUAGCAAGGUGAAGCCGAUUCACAUUGAGGGACGCCGAGACCGAAGUCCUGCUGACCCAGCGAGUGCAGAGGAGCAAUCGCAGAUGAGGGCCGUCUUGGGAAGCAUCGGCUACGUCGCCAGACUUUGCAGGCCAGAGCUUUCAUACAGAUGUUCGGCGCUUCAAGGGAAGCAAGCGCGACCUCAACAUCAGGAUCUUGUGAACACCAACAAGUUCUUGUCUGCAGCGCAGCGCACUACGGGCAAUGGCUUGCGCUACGUCAAGAACAAGAUCGACUUUCACAGUGCAGUGCUGCUAUCUGUGACGGAUGCGAGUUUUGGAGCCGAAGAACACACAGCUGAGGAUGGAAGGAAGAGUGGCCAUCGUUCCCAGGCCGGAAGAUUUCUUCUGUUGGCAGACAGGAUGCCGACACUCAGCACUCCAGCAAACGUGCAUAUCCUGGAGUGGCAGUCACAUACGAUUCGCCGAGUGUGUCGCUCAACUCUGCAUGCCGAGGUGAUGAGCAGCAUCGGAGGGAGUGAAGCAGGGCAGUACGUCCGAGCACUACUCUACAACAUGACCAACCCGAAGAAGACUGGACUACGUGAGCAGCUGGACUGGAAAGUGGCAGCGAGCGAUUCUCGCACGAUCCACUGGCUGACAGACUGCAGGUCCUAUGUGGACACAAUGUCAUCAACUGGUCAAGGAGUGGUAGCCGACAAACGGUUGGCAAUCGACCUCACUGCUUUGCGACAGGAUCUAUGGAGGGCUCCCGGUACAGAAUGUGGAGAGCCGAAUGUACAGGAAUCCAUCCCUUCGGAUUGCACGGAUCAACUUUGGUGGAUCAGCACCAAAGACAUGAUCAGCGAUGGUCUCACCAAGCACAUGCUUUGGGACGCCAUGACAAAGCUGUGCAGUACAGGUCAGUUCAAUCUGACAACCGCGCCACGAAGGGCCAUAUGCAGUAGUGGUUCAGGACCUGUAAAGAUAGAUGGGUGUGAAGAUGUACAUGAUUCCACACCAGCUCCAUGA